AGCUCUUAGUCGAUCAUUACUUAGUUUUCAAGCAGGGUACCGGAGGAUAACGCACUGGCCAGUGUCUGUCUGUUCACCAGCUCGUUGAGAAGCGGCUUUCACCUCAAGUGUCGGGUAAAAAAGACAUUUCAGGUCUCAAUGCCACCCGGUUUCUAGCGAAGACACGCGGCUCAACUCGAGCUAAAAACAAGACAAGAUGACCGGUAUCCACGUGGAGGGACUGGCGGCGAUCGCCCUCUUCUACGUUCUGAUCCUUGCGGUGGGGAUCUGGGCAGCGUGGAAGAACAAACACGCCGGGGAGGCGGAGGGCACAGACCGCAGUGAAACCAUCAUGGUUGGUGGAAGGGACAUUGGUUUAUUUGUUGGUGGUUUUACCAUGACCGCGACCUGGGUUGGUGGCGGAUACAUCAACGGAACGGCGGAGUACGUAUAUCUUCCUGGUUACGGCUUGGCUUGGGCACAAGCGCCUUUUGGAUAUGCGCUAAGUCUAGUCGUAGGAGGUCUGUUCUUCGCCAAGCCCAUGCGCUCCAGAGGUUAUGUCACCAUGCUGGACCCUUUCCAGCAGAAGUAUGGGAAGAGGAUGGGUGGUCUGCUCUUCAUACCUGCUCUAAUGGGAGAGAUCUUCUGGUCUGCGGCCAUUUUAUCUGCUCUGGGAGCCACACUGAGUGUGAUCAUAGACAUAAACAUCAAGAUGUCUGUGGUGAUCUCAGCCUGUAUUGCGAUCUUCUACACGCUAGUCGGAGGUCUGUAUUCUGUAGCCUACACCGACGUGGUGCAACUCUUCUGUAUCUUCCUGGGACUGUGGGUUUCAGUACCGUUCGCUCUGAGCAACCCAGCGGUGUCUGACAUCAAGAUCAGUGCAGUGAAGGAGAUCUACCAAGCUCCCUGGAAGGGAAACAUCAAGAGAGAAGACGCCUGGGUCUGGAUAGACAACUUCUGUCUGCUGAUGUUGGGGGGGAUUCCCUGGCAGGUAUAUUUUCAACGGGUUCUCUCUGCCUCUUCAGCUACGUACGCCCAGGUGCUCUCGUUCAUCGCCGCUGCAGGGUGCCUGGUCAUGGCCGUGCCCUCAGUAAUGAUCGGGGCUAUAGGGGCCUCCACAGACUGGAACCAGACGGCGUAUGGACCUGUACCUCCCAAGGAGAGGGACCAGGCAGACAUGAUAUUACCCAUAGUCCUCCAGUACCUCUGUCCUCCCUUCGUCUCCUUCUUCGGCCUGGGGGCGGUCUCUGCUGCCGUGAUGUCAUCUGCCGACUCCUCCAUCCUAUCAGCUAGCUCCAUGUUCGCUCGGAACAUCUACCAGCUGGCUUUCCGCCAAUCGGCAUCGGACACCGAGAUCGUGUGGGUGAUGCGUGUCACCAUCUUUGUGUUCGGCGGCCUGGCCACGGCGAUGGCGUUGCUAACGGGGACGGUGUACGGGCUGUGGUACCUGAGCUCCGACCUGGUCUACGUUAUCAUCUUCCCUCAGCUCAUCUCCGUUCUCUUCGUCAAGGGAACCAACACGUACGGCUCCGUUGCUGCUUACGUCUUUGGUCUGAUCCUGAGGAUCGGAGGAGGGGAACCCUACCUCUCACUACCCCCCUUCAUCUACUACCCCGGCUGGCAGAUAGAGGACCGGAUCCAUCAUCUGACCGGAGAGGUGGAACACAUCGUGGUGCAGAAGUUCCCGUUUAAGACCGUCUCCAUGUUGGCCUCCUUCCUGGGCAACGUGGCUUUCUCCUACCUGGCCAAGUAUCUGUUUGAGAGCGGCAAGUUGUUGCCCAAGUAUGACUUCCUGGACGCGGUGUUGGCCCAGCACAGCAUAGAGAACAUGGACAAGACCACGUUGGUCAACCGUAACACCAUCGUGCUGUCUGAGAUGGCGCCUGUCAAACCACGGCUCAGCGUUCAACUGGCGGCUACGUUCACCCGCAGAGACACUCUGGCUGAGGAGGACUCGAGUCCCGAAGACAGCCCCAACCACGAGACCCUGGACUAAACCCCGGACCUUGAACCCCAGAACGUAAAGAGACUAAAGAGAGGACUGAAAUGACGGCGACUGAAAUACACAUUUUGACUAGUUUGCUAUUUAACUACUUUAAUUUGAUCCCCAUCACGGCCAGGUGAGUUAUGGAGAUGGAACAGAAUAGAUGGCAUAGAGAUAAUGCCAUCUAUAGGGGCGGCAGGGUAGCCUAGUGCUUAGAGCGUUGGACUAGUAAACGAAAGGUUGCAAGAUCGGAUCCCCCGAGCUGAUAAGGUAAAAAAAUCUGUCGUUCUGCCCCCUGAACUAGGCAGUUAAACCCACUGUUCCCCGGUAGGCCGUCAUUGUAAAUAAGAAUUUGUUCUUAAUAAGCUGACUUGCCUCGUUAAAUAAAGGUUAAAAUAAGAGGACAUUAUGAAGAUGGGACAGAAUAGAUGGCACGGAGAUAAGAGGACAUUAUGAAGAUGGGACAGAAUAGAUGGCACGGAGAUAAGAGGACAUUAUGAAGAUGGGACAGAAUAGAUGGCAUUAUGAAGAUGGGACAGAAUAGAUGGCACGGAGAUAAGAGGACAUUAUGAAGAUGUAACAGAAUAGAUGGCACGGAGAUAAGAGGACAUUAUGAAGAUGUAACAGAAUAGAUGGCACGGAGAUAAGAGGACAUUAUGAAGAUGGGACAGAAUAGAUGGCAUUAUGAAGAUGGGACAGAAUAGAUGGCACGGAGAUAAGAGGACAUUAUGAAGAUGGGACAGAAUAGAUGGCACGGAGAUAAGAGGACAUUAUGAAGAUGUAACAGAAUAGAUGGCACGGAGAUAAGAGGACAUUAUGAAGAUGUAACAGAAUAGAUGGCACGGAGAUAAGAGGACAUUAUGAAGAUGUAACAGAAUAGAUUGCACGGAGAUAAGAGGACAUUAUGAAGAUGGGACAGAAUAGAUGGCAUUAUGAAGAUGGGACAGAAUAGAUGGCACGGAGAUAAGAGGACAUUAUGAAGAUGGGACAGAAUAGAUGGCACGGAGAUAAGAGGACAUUAUGAAGAUGGGACAGAAUAGAUGGCACGGAGAUAAGAGGACAUUAUGAAGAUGGGACAGAAUAGAUGGCACGGAGAUAAGAGGACAUUAUGAAGAUGGGACAGAAUAGAUGGCACGGAGAUAAGAGGACAUUAUGAAGAUGGGACAGAAUAGAUGGCAUUAUGAAGAUGGGACAGAAUAGAUGGCACGGAGAUAAGAGGACAUUAUGAAGAUGGGACAGAAUAGAUGGCACGGAGAUAAGAGGACAUUAUGAAGAUGGGACAGAAUAGAUGGCACGGAGAUAAGAGGACAUCAUUGGCGCAGUGUCCUUGACAUAAGAGACCAGACUAAUGUUGCUGCUGAAUGUGUGUCACCAGUGGAGAACGGACCUCCAUGUUGGUACGUAAUCAGACCUGAACUCUCUCUCCCUGGUCUCAGUCUGUGAUGAAAUGACCGUGGGUGAUAAAGCAGUAAUCCUAUUGGACAUGAACAGAGACUUAAAAAAAUAAAAAAAAACAGUUUUUGAUCCAAUAGAAAUGGUUUUGAGCCAAAAAUGUACAGACAGCUUACAGAUGUAAUGACGGGAAAGCGGAAUAGUUAUGAGUAUAAAGAUUAAAAUAGUUUGUUACUGUUAUUUUAGUUACAAACAGCAACACUUAAAUCUUUAAUUUGACUGAUGAAUUAAGUUGUGGUCUGAAUGGGAAGUGUAAUGUUCUGAGACGUAUCGUAGAAAGAUAAACAUCUCUAAUCAAAUAAGCAGACGGACAAUAAAUUGAUCAAUCAUCAAAUCUGAUUUGUGGAUAUUUUGUGACAUGGCAUAUUCCUGUGUUCAAUACACUGUACUGUUGUAUACUGGUUCAGGAUGAUGGACAAAGGGAAAUCAGGAUGAUGGACAAAGGGAAAUCAGGAUGAUGGACAAAGGGAAAACCGGAUGAUGGACAAAGGGAAAUCAGGAUGAUGGACAAAGGGAAAUCAGGAUGAUGGACAAAGGGAAAUCAGGAUGAUGGACAAAGGGAAAUCAGGAUGAUGGACAAAGGGAAAUCAGGAUGAUGGACAAAGGGAAAUCCGGAUGAUGGACAAAGGGAAAUCAGGAUGAUGGACAAAGGGAAAUCCGGAUGAUGGACAAAGGGAAAUCAGGAUGAUGGACAAAGGGAAAUCCGGAUGAUGGACAAAGGGAAAUCAGGAUGAUGGACAAAGGGAAAUCAGGAUGAUGGACAAAGGGAAAUCAGGAAAAUACUUUGACAACCCUGUUUGUAAGCUUUUAAAUUAUAUCAAACUCACACAAUGAAUAUUUUCCAGUGCUGAAGAUAUACAUGUCUCAUGGUCGGGUGGGGAACAACAAAACGCUUGAACUUUUUCAGCACCUCCAUCCUCCUGCUAUUCCUGCUAUAUGGCCCUACUGGGUUAUUCUGUGGGUUCCACAUACAUAAAUGUAUGUACGUAUUGUUGUCAACAGCAUUGUACAGUGUUUUGUGUGGCGUGUAUAUCUGUAUAUAAUAUAAUAGUAAUAAUAUGUGUUUCUGUAUAUAAUAUAUAAUAAUAAUAUGUAUAUCUGUAUAUAAUAUAUAAUAAUAAUA